GAUGGAGUUAAACCGACGAAGAAACUUCACAUAUAGAUAUGUGCACAUAGAAGCCGUAUUUGAGGUUUUGAGUAAUUAAGGUUAUGAUUCUUGGUGUGUUUUUCUAUGUGGAAGUAAAUGACAGCUCUCUUUCGGUUCUUCCAGCUUUGGAGACUAUGAAGGUGCCGAGCUGUUCGUCGGUUGGUUUCUGGAGUUUGCUGGUUUGUUUUAGUCUGUUUGUUAUUGCAAAUGCAAAUAUCCACCAGGAUGAGGAUGAUGCAUGGAUUGAUCCCUAUGACAUGCUCAACUACGACCCGACGACAAAGCGCAUGAGAAAACCCACAGAGUCUGCCAGUUACCCAAAUGUGCCAACCAAGAGGAGGGAAUUCAGCUCAGACUCCUGUGAAGUGCAACAGUGUCCUGAUGUGUUAGACUGCACCACUAAACUAAUGAUUUUGCAAAAAGAGCUUGAUGAACAGAAAAAGAAGGAGACCACCACCUCUAUAAAACCAGUUUGUCUUUCAGUAUUCAAGCGAUUCCUUUCCAGGCUCCUUAAAGAAACUUCAAAACUUGGCCUGCCUGACAAUGGACAGACAUCCAUGCAUUAUGAUGCUGAGGUGAAGCUGUCCAAGCAGUCGCUGGUGGAGAUCCAGAAGCUUCUGAAUGAAGAGAACGACUGGACCACUGGAGCCAUGGAUGAGGCUCUCAGUCAAAUUCUGCUCAGAUUCAAACUCCACGACCACGAAGCCUGGAAGUGGCGUUUCGAAGACACAUUUUCUGUAGAUGCUGAUACCGCCCUGAAGGUUUCUUUGAUUGUUCUGAUUGUCGUAGCCAUAAUCAGCACUGAGCUCUGGUCUGUGGUCUCCUGGUUUGUCCAGUUCUGGAGGAUGUUUGCUGUUUGCUUUUUUAUUAGCUUGAUCUGGAACUGGUUCCAUCUUUAUAUGGUUGCCUUUGCAGACCACAAGAAGAGCUUUGUUGAAGUGGAGAGCUUCAAUGGCAAAUGCACUGGGCUGAAACAACUGGACUGGAAAGACAGUUUAUCAGAGUGGUACAGACGGACAUGGACUCUUCAAGAUGAUCCUUGCAAAAAGUAUUACGAAGUCCUGGUGGUGAACCCCAUUUUGCUUGUGCCUCCAACAAAGGCUAUCACGGUCACCAUAACCAGUUUCAUCACAGACCCCUUGAAGCAAAUUGGGCAGGGAAUCAGUGAGUUCCUCAGAGCCCUGCUGAAGGAUCUACCGAUCACUCUCCAGUUACCUGUGCUGCUCAUCAUUGCUCUCGCCAUCAUUGUGUUCAUGUAUGGAAGUGCUCAAGCAGCUAUACAUCAAGCAGUUCACUUUCCCCGGCUCGGUGGGCGACGGGACCCGCCGCCUCCUGCUGUAGGACAGCGCCGAGCUCCUCAAGUAAGGGAGCAUGAGGAAGCUUGGGAAGGAGGUGAUGCUCCACAGCCACCACAGGUGCUCCAAGACAACAGAAACAGAGUAAAUCAAGCAGGAAACCAAGCAGGUGACCAGAACUUCAGGGCAGGAGAUGCUCUUGCCCCACAAAACAGACAGGAGGACAGAAGCAUGGAACUCCGACAGGGUUUUUCUGGCGUUCCCAGAGGGACUCAAAGGGUAGAGACUGUGCGCGCUACAGGUAACAUGUCCAGCGAUGAUGAGACUGAUUUUCAGCAGCGGACAGAGGAGGUGGAUCCUGGUACAAUGGAAAAUGCAGAGCCUGAAGUGAAAGCUGAGGAAAAAGAGAAAACUGCAUCUACUGUGGACAAAAAAGAACAGAAAGACACACGGAGUGCAGACAGAAGUGAGCCUGAAACCAAUGUGCCUUCGGCUCAAACAGAUGUGAAAACACUUGGAACUAAUCAAGGGAAUGAGGGGCUAUCAGCAGAUGUUGCUGUCGAAGAAGAAGUUUAUUCAAGCUUUAAAACUCCAGUUCAAGAAACACUGCAAUAAAAUGAUCUCUGAACUCUGUUAUUCACUUUUUUAAUUAAAUGUUGGGAAAACUGUUUUUUUUUCUUAUGAAAUUUAAUUAUAUUUUUUGCUAUUUUCUUUGUGUUUAGUCUAGUAAAUCUCCUGAAGUAUCAUUCAGAUGUUAUAAAGAGACAAUUAAAGGUGCAGGAUUUUGCUUACAUUAGCUGCCUCUAUUAUUUGUAUAAUUGUUUUCGGACAUUAUACUGACAUCUACUGGCCAGGAUGUAUGAAGUUUGUUUACUAGCUGCUGCUGCAUCACAUUCUUGGAUUAAAUCUCAAUUAUUUUUUGUGUGCGUUGUAGAGUAUUUGAGUUGCUAUGACUUCUUGUUGAGCUUGUUUCAUUACAUGCAUUUUUACUAUUUUGCUCUGUAAAGAGCCUUGAGCACUGGCUGAAAACGCAGUCAAUUUGCUUGACUCAGCUGAAGAUCAUGUGAUCUCCACAUAGUGGCAACCCAUAAGAAGGUGACUCGCACCAUGUAGAGUAAAAGUCUGGAGUGACAUUGAGUGUGAUAUUAAUCAAAAGUGCUGUUCAUUUAUUUGUGAAAAACCUUUUGCUCCUUUACGGUGACCUUAGAAGUAAUGCUCCAGCUUGGAAGCAUUGCUAAAAAGGUCAUUUUUACCGUACCUCAUCUACUUCACUAAUUAAAAGGACACUUACUGUAUUAAAAUUUUUAUUCAUAUUGA